AUGCAUGAAAUGAGAGCACCGCUUGUAAAUCUCCCUUACGGAGUUGCUGCAGGUUAUAACGGCACGAUCUGCAGCAGCAGCAAUGGCGGUACUGAAGUAGUGGGAAUUAGUCAAGAUGAUGAUCAUGAUCAACUGAGAAGAGGGCCUUGGACACUGGAGGAAGACAGUCUUCUCUCCCAUUACAUCGCCAGGCAUGGCGAAGGCCGCUGGAACAUGCUCGCCAAAUGUGCUGGACUGAAAAGAACUGGGAAGAGUUGCAGGCUAAGAUGGUUGAACUACUUGAAGCCAGAUACUAAGAGAGGGAAUCUCACUCCUAAAGAGCAGCUUCUAAUCCUUGAACUCCAUUCCAAGUGGGGUAAUAGGUGGUCACGAAUAGCUCAACAUCUGCCUGGAAGGACCGACAACGAGAUCAAGAACUACUGGAGGACGAGAGUGCAGAGGCAGGCAAGGCAGCUCAACAUCGAAUCCAACAGCAAAAAGUUCCUCGACGCUGUGAGGUGCUACUGGAUGCCACGUCUGCUUCAGAAAGCUGAACAGCAACAGCAAAUUACUUCAUCAUCAUCAUCAGAUGGUCAACUACUUCCAACUUCGAGUAGUACUAUGCCUGAUCAGACGAUUCUGAAUCAUCAUGAUCAUCAGGUGGCUGCAGCGGAUUCUGCAGGUUCCCUGCUAUCGCCUGCAGCGGAUCAUCAGCAACUGAUCAUCGCUAAUAAUCCGUAUUACUCUUUUCCACCACAAGAAGAGGCAAUCAUCCACUUCUCGAACAUGACGACCUCCCUUUCCACAGGCUCCACAACGGCGUCGUACCAGCACCAGCAAAACCCUGAGGCGGGGAAGAAGGUUGUUGAAUCGGAAUAUGUUGGAAUAUUCUCCAUGGAAGAGAUGGCGGAUCCAACAGCUGAUCAUGAAUAUUUAUGCCAGGUGGGAGGCGAUGAUGAUGGCAACUGGGUGGGGUAUAACUAUGACGUGGCGGAUACACUCUGGAGCUUGGAUGACAUGUGGCAGUACGGGAUUCGAGGGAACGAGCUUCUAGCUAGCUUAUAG